AUGGAACUCAUAUUGCUGUUCAGACCGAAUCGAAAGUCCAGAGAAUACCGGAUAAUUGGAGGAGGGGAACCUGUAAUGGGCCCAACCAUUAAGAACAAACGAAGGCAAAUUGUCUGGCAUCAGCUGGCCAAAAACACGAAAUCUGCCGAGUUCCAUUGUUUGCUUCGACCUAAGCGUCUAGAAAACAGAGGACAACGCAAGCUGAUGCAGUUGCCCAAACCGUCUGCUGACGUCCACAUUAGCUCAGCACUGUCGGGCUUGACAACAACUGACGAUUGUCCGAAAACCCCAACAAUUGGAUCCAAACCGGCGUUUUCUGAUCAAGACCUAGCACAGGGAGCAAGGCUCGAUCUAUCCUGUACAGCAACAGUAACUACGAAGAACCUGCCUCUCAAGCUAUACUAUCUGACACCAACGUUUUCCAUCAUCCUGUGCACAUCGAACAGUCCCUCUCCGGAGCUCAUCACGGACGUGUUCCCUGAACGAGAGGUGGAUUGUUUCACGGUCACACACAUUGACAUAGACUGCACAGUACGCGGAUCAUCAGAGGGCGCAGAUAUGACUUUCUACCCGAGGCAAUGUUAUUUCAGGCGGGAAGUGGCCGGUGGAAGUCUCAUCCGCCGCAUUCAGUUCAGUGUCGCUCGGCUCCGCCGCGAAGAUUUUGGCGCUCAUGUUUUCUGCGAAACAGUCAGUUUCACGCCGGGUGAUACACACAGACCUCAACUACGAGCCUGGUUGAGUAGUUCGGUGAAUAUUGUUCGUUUCACCAUGGCACCACAAAUCGCCAAGUUAUAUUUCAAUGAAGACUCGCAAACGUGGGUUUGUGUUGCGAUGGGGUAUCCUCUUCCCAAAAAGGCUGGAAUGAGCCUGCGACGUAGUAGCACAAUCCAGUUGGGUCGACAGUUGGGACUGUAUGUAACCGAUGUGAAUUCGACACAACCGCGGUUGUUGCACCAGAAUCUACUCCCACGUUCCACAGAAAUCAACAGCACAUACGUGACGCAGAUGCAUUUUAAUCCGCCGUUUCCUUUGCCAGGCGGUCUCCGGAACGGUACUGCAGUGAUACGCUGCGCGAUCGAAGACGCAUAUAGAGACUUAACUACCCACAUCAGUGUGGGCCUCCCACAUGACGAGCCCAUUUUACGGCAACCUACUCGCGGGACAGCAGGAUCUGGGGUCUUCCACGAUUGCACUAUGAUCAUGGAGGCACAAACUUACAUCAGACAGGUUUCACUGCAUCGUGUGACUGAGACGGAGUGGUUGAGAUACGACAUCACUGUUGCU